CUCUUCAUCUUCUUUCACAUUGUCCUUCUUUCUGUCUUUCUUUUCCCCCGAUGUGUUUUUAGCACAGCACAAACAUGCUCCUGUGCCAUGGCUUCACAUGGUACCUGUUGCCCACGAGGUCUUGGCGUGUUGCAGAGGAAAAAAAAACAAAGGCUCCAGACAGCUUGAUGGGAUCUCACAAACGUGGGAGGCAUGGCUGGCUGCAGAUGUGCUCAGCCUUUUCCUUGUUAACACGCAGCUUGAGACGCGCUCCCUGCAGAUGGUAGUGGAUGUGAGCCCCUGGGUCUGGCACAUCUCUGCUUGCAAUGGGGAAAGGAGCACAAAAGCUGCAUUCUUCAGACCAAGAGGAUGUGUUGAACAACUGCAACGAUACAGAGAAAGGUUGCAAGUGGGGGUCCAAUACCAAGAAGCCAGACCGGGAAAGAUCCCGCUCGUCACGGGUUUUCGUCCCUCUGUGUGUGGUGCUGGUGCUCCUCAUCUUUGUCCUGCUGGUGGCCUUGACUGCUUUCUCAUUUGCAGUUGUCCAUUCAGGAUCCCGUUUGCGUCAGCCCGACUUCUCCCAUGUGUGCCCAGAUGCCUGGCUUGGUUUCCAAGGGAAAUGCUAUUAUUUUUCUGAGGCUGAGAGCAAUUGGACCACCAGUCAGGAAAGCUGCGAGGCCCUGGGAGCUUCACUGGCCCUCAUAAACACGAUGGAUGAGCUGACCUUCAUUAAACGCUAUAAAGGCGAAGCUAACCAUUGGUUUGGGCUGCGAAAGGAGAAAGAUGACAGCUGGUGGUGGACCAACGGCACAGCCUUCAACAACUGGUUUGAGGUGCGGGGUGGUGGGCCCUGUGCAUACCUGAACCAGGAGAGGAUCAGCUCGUCCCUGUGCCACACCAAGAAGAACUGGCUGUGCAGCAGACCCGACAAUUACAUCCUCUGGAAGCAAAAAGCAUAUCCGUAAUAAAAGACGCCAUAAACAGGAGCUUCAUCUUCGUUCUCUUGCCAGCAGAUGGAGAACCGAGCACAGUUUCUUUCGGUAAAUCCCUAUAUCUGACUGCCACCAACAUUUAUGAGUUCUUGAUUUCAUGAGACCUUCUGCUCAGACAAGCUAGACUAUUGUUGAUCUGUCAUUGCUGUAGGAUCACUGCAUCAUAAAAAGCUUAUUGAGUUUUUCUGUGUGCUUUCAAAAGCCAUAUUUUGCCUAUAAGCGAGGCAGGUCCAUAAACUACUCACUUGAGUGAGUUAAUUUCAAUGAACAGAUUUUCUUGCUGUUGGAAGGAGGUGAAAAAAGGUGGGGAGGGAAUUUGGUGAAAUGGUGGAUUUGGGUGAGCUUGGAAUGUUUUAGAGGUUUUUAAAAAAAAAAAAAAAACAAACAAA